AUGGAUUCCCGUAAACCACAUAUCUGUGUUUGUGAUGCAUGCAUAAGUGUGUGCGUGCAUGUGAGAAUUUGUGAAGAUUGGGUUGCCACCUGCACUGCUGUAAACAUUCCGCUCUCUAAAAGUGACCAUCCAGCUUUAAGAAAAUUCCUUAGGGAGAAAGUUAUAAAUGGUGGAGCCAUACCUGGAUUUCACCAGCUUCAGGAACAUUACCUGGAAGCAGUAUACCAGAAAGAAAAAGAGCACCUUAAAACACUUGUAGCUAAAAAGCCUGUUGCUGUGAUUUUUGACGAAACUCCAGACGUAGAGGGCAGAUGUGUUCUAAACAUCCUAAUUGCUCCGCUGGAGAAGGAUGUUUCGGAGAGAAUAUUGGCAUACCUUGCAGACACAGUGUUUCUUGAGGAGUGUAACCAUUCCACAGUGUCUAAGGCGGUUGUCAAGUGUCUACACGAAUACAACAUAGACAACGAUGAUGUUGUGGUGUUCAACACUGACAACGCGGCCUAUAUGAAAAAGGCCUACAAAGCUGCGUUGCAAUCCUUAUUCCCAAACUCAAUUCAUGUGACAUGCUUGGCUCAUAUAAUGAACCUGAUAGGUAGUGCCUUCCGGAGACCUUUUGACCAACUGAAUGCAUUCAUGCUGUGUUUCUCACAAAUGUUCUACCAAGCUGGCUCCCGGAAAAGAAGAUAUCUUCAAUACCUGACAAAAAAACUACCAACAGGAAAGAAAGCUACGAUGUCUCCAAAUCCAUGUGCUACGCGCUGGAACUCGUGGUUCACUGCAGUCCAGUACCAUUCAGAACAUUUCGGACUCUACAAGGAGUUUAUUGAGAUGGAAGUGGAUACUUGUGGCAGAAGCACGCCUCAGAGUGUGGAGAGACUCCAUGAAAUGCUACAUGAUCCAGAUAUGGCUCAAAGUCUGCAGGUUGAGAUAUGCAUCAUGUCAGAGAAGUGCAAAAGAGUAAUUCAACUUCUGGACAUCUUCCAGAGUAGACGUCCCGUAACCACCAAGGUUUUUGACUACCUUGAGGAUCUGCACAUGCACAUUUUGGCAAAUGCACAACUACAGUAUGAAGCAUAUGCCCAGUACUUUGAGGGACUUGACCUGACUUUAGCUAUAAAGAACCACAUCCUUAACAAAGUGGAACAGGCUUACAACAAUGCAGAGGACAAACUCAAAAAGUACAUGUCAGAUGGACAACCCGCCAUUCAUUUUCUGAAUGAAGUCAGGGUCUUUGAUCCUCGUCACACUGCAUUUAUGGAUGAGAGUGUGGUCAGCUACAAAUACAUUCCAGGCUUCAGUGCUGAAAGGCUGCUCAUACUGAGUGUCCUGGCCAAACGAUACAAAGAUGUCAUCGUGAACUCUGCAGAUGCUGAACGCAGCAACAGUAUAUAUAAGCUGGUUUUGUCCAGCCGAAGGAGAUCCAUGUCAAACAACAACCUCAAAGCCUUGGUCUUCUUAUACCACAACCAAAGACUUACCAGUGGAGCUUUUGAAAUGCAGGAAGAUUUUGAGGAGGACAUGGAGGAUAUUGAGGAUUAG